CGGGCGGCAUCAGCGGCUAAAAAUACCCUUCGGCGGCAGCUGGUGCCCGGGGACGGACACAUGAGAGGAGGUUCGGUCGUCCCGGGGCCGCUCCCUGCAGCAGCCGGGGAUCCGCAGCCGCGGGCACGGUUUGGGGACCGGCCGUCGAGGGGACCGCGGCUCUCCCUGUCACAUCCCGGGGGCACCGGGAGCUGGGUCACGGCGCUCCGCCCGUCCGUUUCUUUUCGCAGGUGGCUCUGGGGCCGGCCCCAUGGCGGAGAAAUCGGCGUCCCGGGACUCGGACAGCAGCUGGGUGCUGGCGGGCAGCGAGGGUCUGCAGGUCGACACGGUGGGUCCAGAGCUGGACUCAGUCUCCCACGGGGCUGAGGAUGAGGAGCUGGAGAAGAAGGGAAGCAGCCAGGACACUGACGCAGGGGCUGGGGUCCUGCUUGCGCUGUGGGGACGUGUGACAUCCCAGCACCUGUGCCCGCAGGACCAGGACCCCAAGGCUGGGGCAGUGCCCACCCCGGAUGGCUCCGUGGAGCCCUGCGUGCCCGACGGGGGGGAGCAGGAGGAGCCCCACGCCGAGGUUGAACCGAGCCCCUGCCCUGACACCCCCAAAGCUGGUGAGGCCCACGGAGGGCGCCAGCAGGAGGGGGGCCAUGCUGGCAGAGCUGGGGUGCAGACCCUCCCUGUAGGUCUCCCCCGUCCCUCCCCAGGGCCACCAACGGAGGAGGGAAGCUGCAGCAGCAGUGAGGAUGACCUGGAGGGGCUGCGGCGGAGGCAGGGCCAUGAGCCUCGUCCUGGGCCUCCCCUCCCCACACCUGCCCUGCACCGGGGGGCACCGGACGCCGGUGACGUGGAAGGGCUCAGCAUGAGCAAGUACCUGCUGGGUGCCUUGGCACUGGUGGCCGUGGGGCUGCUGAUUGUCUCUGGUGGCAUCUACGACCCAGUGGAUGGUCCCUUGGAGGCUGUGGUGAGCCGGGACGUGGUGAUGGGGGAGCCGGAGUCACCUCUGCCUGCUGACAGCAACGACUCCCAUCAGAAGCCCCCCGUGUCGGACACCAGGGACCCCCAGAGCCUGCAGUCUGUGAGCUUGCUCCUGGACAAGCUGGCCAAGGAGAACCAGGAGAUCCGCCUGAUGCAGGCAGAGCUGCAGGCCCACAAGGAAGAGCUUCAGGCCCUGCUGCAGAAGAGUGAGGGCGCAGCGGCAGCGGCCGGGGCGCAGCAGCAGAGCCUGGCCGCGGAGAACCAGCGGCUGCAGGCAGCUCUGGAGCAAGAGGCUGCUGCGCUCCGCGAUGCCCGAGCCGAGCUGCAGCGCCUGCGGGCUGCGGGGGCGCUGGGCAGCUCCGGGGCCAGGCAACCGGCGGCGGAGCAGCCUCCCGGCGCGGGGGCCCCGUCCCGUGGCGAGGACGCGGCGCGGCGGGAAGGAGCCCGGCGGCACGGCUGGCUGGCUUCGGUGCAGCAGGAGCUGGCGAGUGUCCUGGAGCGGGCGCGGCGCCCCGGGGGGCUUGAGGGGCUCGUGGAGGAGCUGAGCGCCCUGGAGCAGCGCCUGGGCCAGGAGCUGGAGGCCGAACCCUUCGCCGGGUCCUGGAAGAAGCCGUUCAAAGCGGAGAAGAAGGAGAGCAAACGGUACAAGCGGCACGGUGCCGGCCCUCCGCCCCACGAGCGGGAGAAGAGGGAGCAAGGCAAACCCCACGGGCACGGGAAGGACUCCCGGCACCCCCGGGAGCACAAGCAGGGCAAAUCCUGGGGGAAGUCAUCCCACGGCCCUCCCCAGCGCGGCCCCCGAGAGCUGUUCAGCCAGUACCGGGCACCUCAGGGCUGCUCGGGGGUGGCCGACUGCGCCCGCAAAGAGGGCCGGGAGCUGCUGGGGGCUGCGCUGGAGCCGGUGCAGAAGGCGGAGUUCCUGCGGCUGCUGGAGGGCUUCAUGGGGCGGCUGGGAUGGGGGAGACGCUUCGAGGGGCUGGCGGCGCGGCUGGACGGUGCCUUCGGGGCCGAUGGCAGCUUCGCCCACGACCGCCUGCGCUUCGUUGACUUCGUGGAUGAUGUGGAGGAGCUGCUGGAGGAGGUGGCGCGGCAGGAGCGAGGCGACGAGGAGGCUGCCGACGACUUCGAGGAGUUCGUGCUGCGGCACUACGCGGGGGACGGCAGCACCUCCAGGAAGGAGUGGGACCGGAGAGCCCCGCGGGAGCACGGCGCAAGGGGGUAGAGCCAAGGGGCAGAGCUGUAGUUUGCCAGGGCGGCUGCCCCACCACAGCCUUCAUCCAGCACCCCCCAAGCAAGGGCUCCCCACAGGUCGUUUGGGA